CUUCCAUAGAAUCAUUAGUCUGAACUCGAUUCACCCCAAUAAAAUUAACACCUUCUUCCUCCUUCGAUGGGCAGCUUCGCCAAGAAUAUGAUCCUAUGCCAUGCCAACAUCACCAUGUCCCGGAGUGACGACCACCAUCGCCGGCUACAGCAAGCAGUCCAUGCACCGGAGGAGAUGCCAGGGAUGACGACACGGCGGUGGGCUUUGCUGUUUGCAGCCCUGGCUGGCUCCGCGAUGCCGGGGUUGUGGCGGCCGCCACCGCCGGCGCAGGCGCAGAGCUGGGGCACGCAUUCGUUCAUCAAGGAGAAGUACUUCCAGCCGGGGCUGACGCCAGAGGAGGCGGCGGCGAGGAUCCGGCAAACGGCGGAGGGGCUCCGGGAGAUUAGGCACAUGCUGGACACCAUGUCGUGGCGGUUCGUGUUGUACUACAUCCGGCUCAAGCAGGCCUACCUCGACGCCGACCUCAAGAACGCCGUCGCCACCGUCCCCGAGGCCCGCCGUAAGUCCUACGUCAAGAUCGCCAACGAACUCGUCGAGAACAUGGCCGAGCUAGAUCGUUAUGUAAGGUCUCCCAAGGUAUAUGAAUCCUACCUCUACUACGAGAAGACACUUAACUCAUUGGAUGAACUGAUAGCAAUGCUGGCUUGACCAUGGGAGACCCUAUGUGCCAAGGUUGGAUAUGUUGUUUGAGCUAAACUUUGUAUUGGCCAGCAAUGGAUGGUCAAGCAAAACAAAUCUGCAGCAAAAGAGCCAGUUCGAUGCAAGAAAUUAUUGAUGGAGCUGGGGGUGGAGUUUGCAGCAUUGAAUUGCUGCUUCAGGUGCGCAUCAGGGAAAUCUCUGAGAAGAAAAAAUGCUACAUCAUCCUAGUGCAAUAGACAGCUACAUUAUCCUAGCGAUCCAUCAAAAAAUGUUUCGUCUAAGAUCAAGUGGGAAAUCUCUUGUAUUAUUUGAAUAGCAUCAAAAAAUAAAUGCCAAAUUAUCUAAAUUGUAAAUCAUCGCAUUGUCAACGUGAUAAAUGCCAGAUAUAUAAAUUGUAACUUGAGAUGAUUUUCAAGAA